AUGUCGGGCUAUGAUACAAAUGAUAUCGGCUCCAACGCCAACCAAGGAGGACCUCACGAUAUUGGUAACCAGCGACCCUAUCCACUAAACCAUGAACCCUUUGGAGCUAUCAGACACAGGCUGGUCAGCGACAGGGCACUAACAAUGUCAGGAGCGGCAAAUCCGUCUGUUGAUUUCCUUGAUCCACCGUUUCAAAUUCCAUCGUUUGGUUUCCAAGAUAUGCCUGGAGGAGAUCAGUUCCCUGACUAUCAUACGACCAAUGGCGGAUACAAUGUCAACCCGCAAAUACCUGCUCAUUACCAUGUUGAUGGAACUCUCAUCAACCAUGAUCAAGUACCUCAAUGGCCUAUCGAUAGCAAUCAACAUCAGGCUCAAGAUCCAUCCUAUAACUUCGGACAACAACAGGCUCAAAUUCAGGGCAACUAUACAAGUACUCUGGAACAUUGCACCUCCCAACAAGCAUUCAUUGAUUUGCCAUCUCAAGUUCCUCCAAUCAAUUUUGAUCAACCAUUUUCAAUGCCUGUUUAUGUCCCAUAUAAUAACGGACACAAUAUGAGCCAGCAAAUACCUACUCAAUUCCAGCGUGGAGAAGCUUCUGCUUAUUGCGGUCAACAACCUCAAAUUCCCGUCAAUCAGAUCAACUUCAAUGGUGUCAACAAUAACCAGCAAAUACCUGCUCAAUUCCAACUUGGAGAAACUCCUACUUAUUGCGGUCAACAACCUCAAAUACCCAUCAAUCAGACCAACUUCAAUGGUGUCAACAAUCACGAACAAGCAUACCAAGGAAUGGCUACCGCCGCCGUGUCAUCAUUUGCUAGUCUAUCGGCGCAAGAACAGGACGCCGAAUUUCGACACUUUGUUCAACAGCGUCUCGCCCUUGGAGAGACGAAAAUGAUGGAGCCCGGAACAUUCAAGAGCUGGUAUAUAGGCCAGCAGGUGGCAGGCAACACCACACCAACGCUUGUACAUGGAGUUACUCCUCUUCAUCCAUCUCUUGUCUUUAAGAACAAUGUGCCGAUUCAACGGCCGAUGAUACCGCUGAAUAAUCAAGAGUACAUGCAACCACCACCCAUGAUCUACCAGAAUACGGGGGAAAAAUUGACUACUGGCUUUCAGCAUAUGAUGGGUCCUUUGACAACUUUGAGUGGACAAGCUAUGCAACCGAACAGUGAGCAGUAUCUUCAGCAACCUCGAAAAAGCAUCAAUUCUGAAAUGCGAACAAGAAGAACUUCGCUGGCUGUUGCACCUGCGGGCCAAUCCAUUUUGCCGGGCCCCUCACGAUCUAUGCCACGGCCAGUCCUUCAAAUAAUUACGACAAUGCCCGCUUCUCCAUCAACUACGGAAAUACCAGCUCCCCCAUCAAUUAUCAGAGCUCCAGCGCCCCCAUCGAUCACGACAAUGCCAGCUUCCUCAUCAACUACAAGAGCUCAAGCCUCUCCAUCGACCACGGCCCCACCAGCGGUCACCAGAAGAAACCGAAAAACAAAAAAUGUAAAUCCAGAACAAAUGGAGAAGAAAACAUGCGCCACAGGGAAAAUGAUUUCGCAAGAACAAGAAACUGAGGCUACUCGAUCAAACCAGCGAAGGUUCAUCCCGAUCGCUCAAAUCCUUGGUGCUGCUGAUGGCAAAUACACUGUUUCCUUUUCGGAUUUAGAAUCGAAUGUGUUUGAUAGUCCUUCUGAUACCGAGUUGUAUGACUGUAUGGCCACUGCGAUUGCAGAUCUUGAUGCGAAAAAUGCGGAACCGGAUACAAAAUUGUUCAUGCUCAGGAAUGAAGAAAGUUUGAUUAUAGUGAGGAUGGCCCUGGGAGAGAUGCUUCGAAAGCUCAUCGCUCUGUCACUGGAUACUUCCACGGACGCACGAAAAAGCCUUAAAGACUUUGCAGCGAUCAAAAAUAUUCCCUAUUCCUCCAUCGAGUCGUUGGAAUUUGCCCCAAAAUCGCAAUUUCUUAAAGAAGUCAAAGUUGCAAGCGGAACAGAGCAAACAGCCCAACCGGCCAAAGAUGAUGUCCCACCGUGCGCAACGCAUACUUUAAUGCAUGCUACAAUCAACAGUGAUCUCGAUGGAACAGAGGCGAAAGGAAGUUGGUCAUUAUAUACAAAAACGGCAUUCAUUGAUGAAAGUACUCCCUUGAAGUAUGCUAUCGGGCUCAAAAUGGAGGUUGCAGAGAUCGGCGAUAGACUGGCUAGAGACAACCAACUCAUUUACGAAAGAUCUCUGCCAUCGAAUAUUACAGGGGAGCCUCUUUGGGCUGACAUACUCGACCUCUUCAAAAUCCAAGCUGCGGAGUGGGCUGUGACUACCAGCACUCAAGAUCCACUUACAUUUCAGACGUCAACGUCAGCUUCACCAUCGAACCAACAACAAAUUGACACAGAGGAACAGUGGCCAGUUUCGGGACCGGUACAAGGACAAAGAGCACAAACUGGGCAAUCGAUAACGCCUGAGCCACUGACAGUGCGUGGAAAGAAGCGCAAGCGCCAAGAAAAACCAAAGAUUCAUGCUACUCCGGUUAUUCGUGCUUCAAGCUCCGAGACUUCCAAUUCUUCAAGCGACAAAGGAAACAGUCCAACCUCUAACACGUCUACUGAUAGGACAAGUGUUUCCCCCCAGCCAGUAGCAGGAGCACCUCAAUUAUCAGACGAUUCAAGGCGUAUCAAACGAUCAAAAAAUGAACAUGAAAUGGGUUCCCUAGAGGGAGGAACCGGUAUGAAGGAAUCUUUGCCAUCAAGUAUACAACCACCCACGGACCAGAUCUCUGCGAAUGACCACAUGCAUCCUGCACGUUCUCCUUCCGAAAUUGUGCGAUCGCCAAUUACAACUGAAACUCAAAAUCGUAUGCCUGCGCAGGUGUCAGGUCAAGCUGAUGAAUCGUUCCCGGGGGCACAAGUAGCUUCUUUCAGGCAGGGAAUGCUACUCGCUAACAAUGGGACACCUUAUCAAUACACGAUUUCAGAACUCACACAACCGUCGCGCACAUUUUCAGCUCAAAGUAACAUGCCAAAACAGGUGCAAGCUCGACUUUUGAGACAACCGACAGCGGAAGAACUGGCGCCUUAUAUACCAUAUGUAGCCAGCAGGUGGAAGAGAUCUUUUCCAGCUGAAAAUAAAUCAUCAUAG